CACUACCUAAAACAACAACCAACAAGGGUCACAACUGAUGUGCGGUUUUGGUUUUAUGGCUUACGGCUUUGAUUGCUGUCAUCGCUCAAUUGAUUUUUCACUAAUGCCGUCAAUUGGCAAACGCAAAACCGAAAUAAAAGUGAAAUGCAAAGCAUUAAAAACAACAGAACUUAAACGCCAAAAUAAAUAAUUUGUCGAACA